AUGUCACGCAAAGACGCAUCCAACGGCGACGCUUCCUGGGAGAUAAUCGGGAAAAAGGGGCGAUGGGAGGUCCUUCCUAUCAAGCCUUACAGCGAUGGAGACCAACGACAGUGGCCUCCCAAACCCUACCGGCCUAGUUCUGAAGAGCGAUACCUCGUCACUUUGGCAAAAGAAUGGUCAGUGGAGACAGGGAUCCGACGACCAGAUGUAGAAUACUAUCUCGACAAGCUCCCCAACGGCUUUGCCUUGUUUGAAAUCGACCAGCUCGGGAACACGGUAGGGGUCUACAAGCGACUCUUUGGCCACCCAUCUGGCAAGUACUACGACUCUAUUCUUCGAUUUCAACCGCAUUUCCUUUGGUUGAUGUCGGGUAAGCAGGGCAUUUGUGAGUGCAUACUCUGUGGUCGCUACAAAGUGGGACCGAUCAAACGUCGAAUGGCGCAUUCUCUGGGGACCCAGCUCUUAGUUGCGAGGGAGAGGGGAACACCAGUUAGCCCUCUUGAAACUGCUCCUUCAUCGAGGUCAACCUCCGUUGCCAGUCGCGCCCCUGGCCCCAUUUCAACGCGGCCACAGAGACAAAUUAAAGCUGCCGGAGCUCCCUAUGCACAAGACGAAGAGGGCACUGAGGAUGUGUUCAAAGAUCAGUUAAAGAGACUGGAGGCGAAUAAGGGAGGGAAACAAGGAAUCGAAGACGACAUCAGAGAACCAAACUCUAUGGACUGGAGAGCCGAGCACUCCUAUCCGACUCAAUACGUUCACGAUUGGGGUGGUGUGAACCUCAUCCAGCGGAAUUUGACCUUGAUUGAACACCAACACGCCUUUGUGCCUCGAAUCGGAGAACUUGUGUUGUUCUGUCCAAUCUUCCCCCACGAUCACUACCUCAUGCUCGAGGAGAGGACACAGGAAUACAAAUUCUACUCCUUUGAGCAGAAAUGCUUUCAUGGUUCACCUGUGUGGAGAGGCGGGGUUGUUGCGGCUGUGCCCUCUGCUCCAGCAAGUGACGGGCCUGUCGAUUUUCCUGACAUUCAAGAUCUCCCCUCUAAGCAGACCAAUCUUAACGUUGGGGGCUUCCGCGUGGAAACAUUUCCAGAUCCUAACAACGAGGAGGACAAAACAAUGUCCAAACAAUACCGCUACCUCCCUUUGCGAAAUAUCCGACCCUUGACUCACUGGCAGAUGUUACUCCGUGGGAUUCCAAGGACGAAAUGGCACCCAUCAAUUGAAAACGCCCUAACUUGUAUGACCAGUAUCUCGCUUCUAGAGAAAUGGUAUUUUAAGGGAGAUUGGCCCGACGCAACCAUCCGGUGCAAGGGGUUCUAUAUUGGUGCUGAGCUAAUCACGGUUGGCGACGCCGUCAGAAUUGCCCCGCGAGAAAAAGGGAAAGGAUGUACCGAUGUCCUGAUUGUGGAGUCAAUCAGACUACAUCUGUCGGAGAUCAAGCCGGAGCAUGUCUCUCCAGACUCGCCAUUGCUGUCGACAAAGUCUUAUAUAACGCUCGUUGGCAAAGGUUACACGGUCGAUAAGAGCCGUCAUUACAAACUGCAAGCUACGGAUGGGGACUCACAACUGGGUGAUCCUGAUGCCGUGCCUCAGGAAGAGGUGAAGAUACUCUUCCGACCCGUUGGUUCAGCAAUCUACGGUCCCUGGUACCCCUUACACCGGCCUGGUAAUCGAUAUGAGAUAUCACACGAUCAAAUCCUCGGAAGACUGUACGAAGCUGCAGCUGUGCAGAUAUGGACAGGUUUGUUGCAACGAAAUUCUAUCAAUGGCAGCAAACGUGACAUCAAACCCACGCUUGACUACGACCUGAAGGGCAUCGAAGAAGGUCGCAUCUACGCUACGCAAGCAGAUGAGAGACUAGACGAAGCGAGUGAGGGCUCAGUACUCUGGUACUGGGCGGAUACCCGCGCCGAGGCAUUAGAUCUACAAACAAUCAAUGGGCUCGAAGUCGGAAAAUACGACAAGGUCCGGGACAAGGACACAUUGGAGCUUUGGAGGACGUAUCUGAAAAUCCUUAACGGACAGCAAUUCUCACUUGACACAAUUGCCUCGAAAUACACAUCCAAUUUCCCCGAUGCCGAUAUCGGUGGAUCUAGACGAGGAAGGCCAACUGGUUCAAAAGUCAUCAAUGGUAAAUUGUACAAACCUGGGGAUCCUGGAUAUAAUGAUGUCGUUGUUGGAGCUGUCUCCGGACCACCGUCAACUCCGAGCAAGCGGAAAGACAGCCAGUUAGCCGGGGCGGCGCUUGUGUCCACAGAAGAGGAAGAUGAAGUCGGCGAUGACGACAACCGCGGAGAGAUCUUUGAUAAUGAGCAGUAUGAUGCGGUAGCAGGCUCAGUAAAGAAUGAGACGAUUGGAGAGGGAAGGCUUUUGCCAAAUCAGAAGAAGCCGAGGACAAAGGCGGAGAUCAUGGCCGGCGCGGUUGAGCAAGUGGAGAUGUCAGAGGACGAUGAUUGGUACAACGACAAUCCACUGGUUCGGGGAGGAACAGAAGAGACAGAGGGCGGCGAUUACGAUCCUCGAGCUGAGACAGAUUAG